GCGGGCCAGUGUCUUAGGGCUUCCAGUGGGGCUCUGGAGCCCCAUGUACAGCAUCUGAGACCUUCUGAAGGAUUAUGUGCUUUGCAGCAAAUGGACAAAUGGUGCCUUAGAGAGCGAAAGGUUCACCAUGGGCUCAUUCCACUUUGCGCCCUCUGCGCAUUGGCUUUCCUGCUGCCAGGAUGGUGAGAAGAAAAAGAAAAAAGGUGGGAGAUGGAAGAGAAAUGUAGAAGAGGAUGUCCCUUCUUGGCCAGUAGGUGAAGAGGAUGUGUGCUCAAUACCAGUUUAUAGAGACAGCGUAUGCCCAAUGCAAGUUCAUAAAGAGGAUGUAUGCCCCAUGCUAGUUGGUGGAAAGGACCUGUGCCUGAUGCAAGUUUCUGUAGAGGAUGUGUGCCCCACUAUAGCUUUUGAAAAGGAUGUGUCCCUUGUGCCAGUGGUUGAUGAGAACAAGACCCUGAUGCCAGCUGUUGACGAGGACAAGACUCCGAUGCCAGCUGUUGACAAGGACAAAAGCCUGAUAGCAGUUGUUGACAAGGACAUGACCCCGAGGCCAGCUGUUGACAAGGGCAAGGCCCCGAGGCCAGCUGUUGACAAGGACAAGACCCCGAGGCCAUCUAUUGACAAGGACAAGAGCCUGAUAGCAGUUGUUGACAAGGACAAGAGCCUGAUAGUAGUUGUUGACAAGGACAUGACCCCAAGGCCAGCUGUUGACAAGGGCAAGGCCCCGAGGCCAGCUGUUGACAAGGACAAGACCCCGAGGCCAGCUGUUGACAGGGACAUGACCCCGAGGCCAUCUGUUGACAAGGACAAGAGCCUGAUAGCAGUUGUUGACAAGGACAAGACUCUAAUGCCAGUUGUUGACAAGGACAUGACCGCGAGGCCAGCUGUUGACAAGGGCAAGGCCCCGAGGCCAGCUGUUGACAGGGACAUGACCCCGAGGCCAUCUGUUGACAAGGACAAGAGCCUGAUAGCAGUUGUUGACAAGGACAAGACUCUAAUGCCAGUUGUUGACAAGGACAUGACCCUGAGGCCAGCUGUUGACAAGGACAAGAACCCGAGGCCAGCUGUUGACAAGGGCAAGACCCCGAGGCCAGUUGCUGAGGAGAAGGUAAUCUCAUCCUUGGUCAAAGGAGCAAGGGAAAGCUUAUCCACACGCUCCCAGGCCUGGAGUGCGCAUCAGUUUCCUCCUGAACUCACCUCGACUUCUCAGCACCAAGUUAGGCCAUCUCCAUCAGUGAUCCAGCAAGAACCAAAAGUCGAGAGUUCCUUGGGAUCAACUUUGCAAGACGUUAGGAUAAAUGAGGAGGAAACUGAUAACGAGGAGAAUGGGGAGGAUGUGCCAGGGCAGCCUGAGGACCCCCACAACGUUGUCGUUCACCUGAUCUCACAGCUCCAAUUUGGAAUGGACCUCACCAAGGUCGCGCUCCCCACCUUCAUCUUGGAGAAGAGGUCUCUCCUGGAGAUGUUCGCCAACUUCAUGGCCCACCCGGACAUGCUGCUGUCCAUCGGCUCUGGGGCCACCCCGGCCGAAAGAGCCAUCUCCUUCGUGGAGUACUACCUGACGUCCUUCCGUGAGGGCCGCAAGGGCACGGUGGCCAAGAAGCCAUACAACCCCAUCCUCGGCGAGACGUUUCACUGCUCCUGGGACAUCCCCAAGGACCGUGUCAAGCCUUUGCCGAGAAAGCGGAAGGCCAAGGCCCCGGUCACUGACGAGCCCCAGUCAGGACGGUACAAGCUGACCUUCGUGGCCGAGCAGGUGUCCCACCACCCGCCAGUGUCAUGCUUCUACUGUGAGUGCAAGGAGAAGGGAAUGUUUGUGAACACCUACGUGUGGACGAAGAGCAAAUUCAUGGGAAUGUCCAUAGGGGUGUCCUUGGUGGGGGAAGGUGUUCUGCGGCUUUUGGACCAUGGGGAAGACUACGUGUUCACGCUGCCUAGCGCUUAUGCCCGCUCAAUUCUGACCAUCCCGUGGGUGGAGCUUGGCGGGAAAGUCACAAUGGAUUGCGCCAAGACUGGUUACACUGCGCUGGUCACCUUCCACACCAAGCCUUUCUAUGGAGGCAAAAUCCACAGGUUAUCUCCACCCAAGAUGGCGGAGCCUUGCUCCAGAUCUCCUGACGUUGCACAAAUACUCGUGGGGCGAUCCUUGGGAUCACAGGAGCUGCACGGUGAAGGGGAUGAUAGAGUCACGGCAGAAGUGAAGCACAAACCCACCAACACCAUCGUGUGCAAGGCCCAGGGCGAAUGGAACGGCAUCUUGGAGUUUACGUACAGCAGUGGAGAAACCAAACUGGUCAACACAGCCUCUUUGCCCGUCUACCCAAAGAAAGUCCGACCCAUUGAGAAACAAGGAUCCAUGGAGUCCAGGAACCUGUGGCGCCAGGUGACCAACGCCAUCAAGCUGGGCGACAUGAGCUCAGCCACGGAGUUCAAGCAGCGCCUGGAGGAGAGGCAGCGCCUGGAGGAGCAGCAGCGGGCGGCUGUCAGCCGCGAGUGGCAGCCAAAGUAUUUUAUCAAGCAGGGUGAAGGUUGGAUGUAUGUGGAGCCUCUGUUGAACGUCCAGUGAUGAGGAUCAGAUGCAGUGUUCUUCCAAAAUAGGCAUUAAAAGGUGCCAGAUAUGAGGUUCAGGCGGUAUUGGCUAAGUUCUGUUGGGAUAUUCAAAGGGGCAAAGUGUUUCUUUUUUUGUUUUGUUUUGUUAGAAUUUUUUUUUUUUAAGGAGAGACAAGUCAUACACUGUAAUGACCCUCCAGACUAACAUGCAGUUGGAUCCUCAGGGGCUGUUAGUGGGAUAUAUGCAUGUAUAUGUACCUGAGAGAGAAAGAGAGAGAGAGAGUGUGUGUGUGUGUGUGUGUGUGUGCGCGUGCACGCAUGCACAUAUGUACGUAGGUGUGAGCUUUGUGUUCAUGGCUUAUACUCAAACACAUAUGUACCAUAUUCAGAUGUAGACUGGGCAUUAUUAUUACACAUGCAAAUGUGACGUGUAUGUACCGCCAAUCAUUUGCUUGAUAGGAGUACGUUUUUAUGAAUGAAGGUCAAAGUUUUCUAUUUUACACUUUGCCUAAAACUUUUUUCACUUAAAAUAGGAAUUCCUUAUUGGCAGUCAACUUCAUGUCAAAAUGGCAGUGAAUUGACUCUAUCUGACCAUGUGGCAUGCAUUUGGU